GGACAGACGAUGCCCAGAACAAACGUAGGCAGGCGAAAACAAGUACAUGCCACUCGCGUGAGCAGCGCCUCCUCUGUCUGUCUGUCUGUCUGUCUGUCAGAUGCCGACAGCGAUAUUUGAGCGCACAACGACACCGCCCAAAUCGGCGGUGCGGUGGAGAUUGUAAGUCAUUUCAUCGUCGCUGCCCAUUCACUUCUGACACGUGUGUGUGUGUGCGUUCUUAUCAGGUCUGCCCCCAUCGCUGCCUGCCUUUCAUAUCUCGUUGCCUGCAUUUUCCCCUUUCCUCGGUGCCUCACUACGCACAGCUGCAGCAGUUUCAAUGAGUGGUGCUGUUUGAAUAUGGAAGAGGCCUAGUGGGCCGCACACCAGGCCGAUUUGGAAAGGAGAGGCAGUUAAAGGCCAAGACCAAGGCGAUCGCCGACAAGAACGAGAAUUAGCUGCUCACAUCAUGCAUGAUGUGUGGUUGCCAUUGUGUGUGCCUUUCUUCGCUCAGACGGCACGGCCAAAACCCGGGUGUGGGUGUGUGGCAACGUGCACGUCAAUGCCCUCCCAGUCGACACAGGUACGUACGUCACUGACAGCACAAACAACACAUCACCUGACCUCAACCUACCACCACUCCGUGCCCACCUGUUUGCCUUGUGUGCCUUUUGUGUGUCUGUGUGCGUGUGCGCUUUGUUUGUCAGUCGGAGACUUCGUCGAAAAGGCCGUGCUCGAUCGCCACAUCGCUGCCUACGAGCUCAUGAGGAAUGACAUGAACUCCAAGGUAAAAGAGGUCGGAAUCGAGAAGGAGAGGGAGCUCGAGACGAAGAACAAGGAGAUCGCCGACAAGGACGGCCAGAUCCGCCAACUCCAGCAGUCAGAGGCCCAGCUGCGCCACCAGAUCUGCGCCAUGGAGCAGCACAUCGCGGCCCUGCAGCAGCAGAUAAUGGCAAUGCAGCCAGCAAUGCAGGUACGCCCCUAAAUACACCCAUGGACAGUCACAUUCGCACCACCCUCUUUGUCUGUGUGCCUCUUCAUCUGUGUGCGUGCGUAUUGUGCGUGUGCUGCCUUGUGUGCAGUACUGGGCUCAAGUUCAGAUGGCCCAGCAGAUGUGGCGGACACAGCAGCAGCAACUGGUGAGUGAGUGAGGCGCGCAUAUCACUGAAGGACUCACAGGCAGCAGCAGAGCGGAAACGGAUGGCCAUCCAUCGUUGUCUGUCCUGUUGUCUUCUGUCCCGUUUUGUUGUUGUCCAGGUGGGUCAGGCGGUGGCGUCUCUCUGAGAAUGGCGGCCUGAGGAAGACAUGCCGCAGCCCCCACCUCCGCCGCCAUCUACUGCAAGUGCUGCGGCGCCGACGGUCCCCCUGGCGAGCGAGAGUGCGGCAUCGGACACGACGACAUCGGUGAGCAAGCACAGAGGCUGGAUGACAUGCAAUGGGAU